CGAGUACGAGACCCAGAUGUUCAUUCCUUGAGGGGCACUUGAGAAGAAUCCUGACCUCCAUGAGAAACAUCGGACGCAGCUCUCUCUCAAGUUUUCUCAGACUCUUUUGGAGUACACGUGGUGGAUGAAAGUGAGGCGGCUUCUAUUGAGUUGAUGUCGAGGCAGUUCGACGCUUUUAGAGGGACAGGGACACGCGGUUCAUUGUCACACUGCGAGUCGAAGCUUUUUCAGUUGUCAAUUCGGUCCUUUCCUGCGAUGCUGCUGCUGGGGAAGAUUCGAAUCUUCCUUCUCCCUGCGUUUUUUUUCCACAGCAGAUGUACAACUUGUCUUGCUUUGCUAGAAAAGCUGAAAUUGAACCUUUCGAGUGCACAUGAUUGAUGCCUUCAUGGGUUCAGUGAAGCAGUGUAGUGCUCUCACGGCGAGAGAUAGUUUGCCCUCUCCUCUAUGCAUCAUCUUCUCAUGGAUACAUGUGCUUGAUGGGCUUUGGUUAAUCUCACUUUUUGUGUGGUUGUCACUCGUCAGUGGCUGCCGUGCCCUCUGAUUCCACCACCAAAAAGGCUGACUUGGCGAACUCUGUCUUGUUUGAAGUGUAGCCGCUCGAUAUAUCAUGCGGCUAAACGCAACGAUGUAUGCGUUGUAGCUUCAAUAGUACUAAAUAUCAAAUCAGGGAUCUGAUAUGCGAUAUCCGAUGUUAUCAAAUCCUUGUCGAGCCAAUUCUAUAUCGACCAGGUAAAACCCGAUUUCGGGUCGGGUUCGGGUUAGAGGGCUGUACCCGACCCGAAAAUAAUAAAGGAUCAAUUCAGAUCCGCGUCGCAGUGCUGGCUGAGCCGACUGAUAUUCUUGGGAACAUUCGGAUCACGCCUGGACUAUUUACUACUUCCGUUUCUAGGCUGGAUCGAUCGGAAACCUCAAAGCCCAGCAGUGCUAUAAGGUGAAAGAGACUCCGGUGAAUCCCCUCGCCUUUUCUU